AUGUCUUCACUCCUGACAGAAGAUGCUUGGAAAAAGAAUGCUAUCAUCACAGAGCGUUCCAUCCACUCUAGCAGCUCAAGUACUCCUACCACAUCACCGUCAUUAUCUGGCCAGGAUGAGAAGCAAUCUCCCCCAACAACAUCAUCCUGUGCAAGCUCAUUCAAGCUUGAAAGCCAGACUCCAUCAUCGCCCCAGUACCAUGUCUUUACCCGAUCCCGCAAAUUGCAGAUGGUCUGCAUUGUCUCUUUAGCUGCCAUCUUUUCCCCACUCUCAUCCAACAUCUACUUCCCUGCCCUUAAGACUAUAUCAAAGGAACUGGAUGUAUCAAUGUCCCUCACUACUUUAACUGUCACUGUAUACAUGAUCGUCCAAGGCCUCGCCCCCAGCUUCUGGGGCUCUUUCUCCGAUGCUAUUGGUCGUCGUGGCAUUUUCAUCGGAACAUUCAUUGUCUACAUUAUUGCCAAUAUUGCCUUGGGCGUGUCCAACAAUUAUGGAGAGCUGAUGGCUUUCCGAGCCUUGCAAGCUGCUGGUAGUGCUGCAACCAUCUCUAUCGGUGCCGGUGUAAUUGGCGAUAUCACCACAUCAGCAGAGCGAGGAAGCCUGAUAGGAAUCUUUGGCGGAGUCCGCAUGCUGGGUCAAGGCAUCGGUCCCGUCUUCGGUGGAAUCCUAUCUCAAUACCUGGGUUACAGAUCCAUUUUCUGGUUCUUGACCAUUCUCGCAAGCAUUAGUUUGAUCUCUAUAAUUUUCUUCCUCCCUGAAACCCUUCGCUCCAUCGCUGGAAACGGCACUGUUCCACUGAACGGCUUCCAUAAACCCUCCAUCUACUAUAUCACCGGCCAACCCGACAUCCAAGAAGACGCUAAACCCAUCGGUGAAAAGAAAAAAGUAACUUGGAAAACUGUUCUCGCUCCACUCACCUUCCUCGGUGAAAAAGAUGUCUUCAUUACCCUUUUCUUCGGCGCUAUCGUUUACACCGUCUGGUCUAUGAUCACAUCUUCCACCUCUCAACUCUUCGAAGAUACAUACAACCUGAAUACCCUCGAAGUAGGCCUUACAUUCCUCGGUAAUGGAUUUGGCUGCAUGUCCGGCUCUUACACUAUCGGCUACUUGAUGGAUUACAACCAUAAGCGCACGGAACGCGAAUACUGUCAACAGAAUAACCUCCCUCUUGAUACUCGCAUCACGACAAAGACACACCCUGAUUUCCCGAUUGAGUAUGCUCGUAUGCGGAAUACUUGGUGGAUUACCGCUCUGUUUAUCGUUUGCACCGCUGUUUACGGUCUUUCGCUUCGAACUCAUCUCGCCGUGCCUAUUAUCUUGCAGUACUUUAUUGCUUACUGCGCUACCGCGAUCUUCACUAUUAACAGCGCCUUGAUCAUUGAUCUGUAUCCUGGUGCUAGUGCUAGCGCUACGGCUGUUAACAAUUUGAUGCGUUGCUUGAUUGGAGCUGGUGGUGUUGCUCUCAUCACACCUAUCAUUGAUGCUCUCGGUUCCCUCUACACCUUUGUUCUACUUGCUGGUAUUACUUUGGCAAUGGUUCCUCUCUUGUCGGUGGAGAUGAAGUGGGGAGCUGGAUGGCGGAUGCAGCGCAAUGAACGACUCAGGGCUAAGGCUGAUGAGUCGAUUCAGGAGGCUUAA